CUUCGUGUUUUUGGUGCUGAGCUGAGCCUGUGGAGGGCUGGAUCCAGUCAUGUGGCUGGGUAGUUAUUGCAAUCAGAGGGAGAGAUCGGGCCGGCAGGCCGGCUGUUCGCACUGACACAGGGAGAGAGAGGAGCCGGCUUAGACGCUGCCGUCCCUGGGCUGCUGCGCGACUGGGAUGCUCGCCGGGUUUGGAACGAGUGACUCCUCCGUCCAAGCAGCGACUGCGGAAUGAAGACCCUCAGACAGGCUGCAGCAGAGACUCUGAGCCGGUUAGGUCUGACACAUCGACACCCUGGAUAUAAAGAGCUGACUGAGGUUGCCGAGUCGCCAAGAAGUCCGUUUGUCUGCGAGCCUCGUCUGUACCACACACUGCAGGCUCGAAAACCCAGCGGGCACAGGAACCGCAGCAACAGCAUUCCGAUAGGGUGCAAGAACUACACCCAGGGUCACCAAUGGCGAAGUGGUCUACGAUUUGGAACAGCAGCCUCCUACCUAAACCUGGAGAAACUGGGGGAAGGAUCCUACUCCACAGUUUACAAGGGGAUCAGCAGGAUAAAUGGGAAUCUCGUUGCCUUGAAGGUGAUUAAGAUGCAGGAAGAAGAAGGUGUCCCCUUCACAGCAAUCCGUGAGGCCUCGCUGCUGAAAGGGUUAAAACACAGCAAUAUUGUGCUUCUGCAUGACAUCAUCCACACGCAGGAAACCCUGACCUUCGUUUUUGAAUACGUGCAAACUGACCUUGCACAGUACAUGACCCAGCACCCGGGAGGGCUACACACACACAAUGUCAAGCUCUUUCUCUUUCAACUCCUGCGUGGCCUGGCAUACAUUCAUCACUGCCACAUCCUGCACCGAGACCUGAAACCACAGAACCUGCUCAUCAGCUGCGUUGGAGAGCUCAAGCUGGCAGACUUUGGAUUGGCGAGAGCAAAGUCUGUGCCCAGUCAGACCUACUCCUCACAGGUGGUGACCUUGUGGUACCGUCCACCGGAUGUCCUGCUUGGAGCCACCGAUUACUCCACAGCCCUGGACAUCUGGGGCGCAGGCUGUAUAUUCAUUGAGAUGGUGGAAGGUUGUCCGGCUUUCCCCGGUGUCUCUGAUAUCACGGAGCAGCUGCAGAGAAUCUGGGCAGUGCUGGGCUUUCCCACAGAAGAGAGCUGGCCCGGAGUCUCUGUACUCCCGAACUACAGCACAGAGCACUUUAUACCUCACCCGCCUCAGAAACUGGGCCAUGUUUGGAAAAGACUAGGCUUGGUUCCACGUGCAGAGUCUUUAACAUCACAGCUCCUCCAGUGCUAUCCACGGGACAGGAGUUCCGCAGAGGGCGCCCUGGCACACGAGUACUUCAGCAGCCUGCCCCCUGCCUUGUUUCAGCUCCCUGACAUGGUUUCCAUCUUUAGCGUGGCUGGAGUCCGUCUGGAGCCCGAGGCCCGGAAUGCUUUCCAUCCCUUCCGGAAGGUCAGGUGCACCUCGAUUCUUGCCUGACGUGGGGAGAGGACAGGACAGGUUGUUUAUUCUGAGACACUGCCAUUCAACCAUCCAGACUCUCAACACUGAGAGACUGAAGACCCUCACGCUCGAAACUUGGCCUCAUCUUCCUAAACUCAUAGUGGACCACCUUCACAUCCAUGAUGCUUCACCUGUCCUGGGAGUGAUUGAUGGGGACAGUGUAGAGGGACCUUUACUCUGUAUCUAACCCCGUGCUGUACCUGUCCUGGGAGUGAUUGAUGGGGACAGUGUAGAGGGAGUUUUACUCUUUAUCUA